AGGGGUGGAGGGGUAGGAGGAUUUACUCUUCCAGCCAGAACAUCGCGAGUUCGGUCCUCCCCCUCCCCCUUGCCCAGGCUCCGGCGUGGAGGCGGGGCGUGGCCGGCCUGCUUUGGGAGGGGAGGAGCUUCCCUCCUCAGUGCUGGGCUCUGCCUGGGCGGCUCUGGGGUCGCCUUGCCUCGGGGCACCCACUCUGCAGUUGAACACUUCCCGCCAGGGGGAAAGGGUUGGAAGGAGAGCACGAUCUGCUGGAGGAAGCGCAGCUGCCGCGCCACCACCACGAAGACACAGUAGGCUCCGGGCACGAGGAGAGCUGGAGACCGAGCUCCCUAGUCUGGGUAACCUGGGAAGCAGAGGGUAAAAAGUGGCGCCUUACGGUAACCCUGUAGCAGCAGCAGUGGCGGUCAAAGGAGGCUGCUCGUGGCGUAAGCAGCUGUAGGAGUCUCUGGGGCAAUUGGAGUGACCGACGCCAAGGCAUUUCACUGCCUCUCAUGUUCUUAUUUUUUAACCUCUGACUAUGCAGUUCUGAAACCUCCCCCAUUCGGGGGACCAGACAGCCCGAUAGACACCUUCCACUCUCCUCCCGCCCUGGUCUCAAAGAACAGAAGAUCUCUCCUUAACGCCUUUCACCAUUAAGAGGAAAGCGAUGGAGGAGCUGAGCGCUGAUGAGAUCCGACGGAGGCGCCUGGCACGACUUGCUGGUGGACAGACCUCCCAGCCAAACACCCCGCUCACCUCUCCCCAGAGGGAGAGCCCUCCGGGGCCUCCUGUAGCAGCCUCAGCCCCAGGCCCGUCCCAGAGUCUUGGUCUCAAUGUCCACAACAUGACCCCAGCUACCUCCCCCAUAGGUGCAUCAGGAGUAGCCCAUCGAAGCCAGAGCAGUGAAGGAGUCAGUUCUCUCAGCAGCUCGCCCUCCAAUAGCCUUGAAACACAAUCUCAGUCUCUCUCACGUUCCCAGAGCAUGGAUAUCGAUGGAGUCUCUUGUGAAAAAAGCAUGUCCCAGGUGGAUGUGGAUUCAGGAAUUGAAAAUAUGGAAGUUGAUGAAAAUGACCGAAGAGAAAAAAGGAGCCUCAGCGAUAAGGAGCCUUCAUCAGGUUCUGAAGUGUCUGAAGAACAGGCCUUACAGCUGGUCUGUAAGAUCUUCCGUGUCUCCUGGAAGGACCGGGACAGAGAUGUCAUCUUUCUUUCUUCUCUUUCUGCACAAUUUAAGCAGAACCCAAAAGAAGUGUUCUCUGAUUUUAAGGACUUGAUUGGCCAGAUUUUAAUGGAAGUGCUAAUGAUGUCCACUCAGACUAGAGAUGAAAACCCAUUUGCCAGUCUGACAGCCACAUCCCAGCCAAUUGCAGCGGCAGCUCGGUCACCAGACAGAAAUCUCAUGCUAAAUACCGGCUCCAAUCCAGGAACAAGCCCCAUGUUCUGCAGCGUGGGUUCCUUCGGUGCCAGCUCUUUAUCUAGCCUCUAUGAGACUAGCCCAGCUCCCAGCAUGAGUGUCUGGAGCUCUGUGCCAAUGAUGAGUCUGCCUCUGGCCCCCCCGUCCCAGGCAGCCAGCCAGGCGUCCACUCCUCCCGCUUCCCUCAGUCCUCACGGCGCAGCUGCAGGGACACCUGCGGGAAGCCAGCCCUCGUCUCCGCGGUACCGGCCCUACACUGUCACCCACCCCUGGGGGUCGUCAUCUUCUCCUGCCCCGCGGUCCUCGGGCAGCUCCAUCCUGUCGAGCUCCCCAGGCCUGCCCACCCCAGCUAGUAGCCCUCAAGCCGUGCCCGCCAGCUCCUCCCGACAGAGACCCACCGGCGCGGGGCCACCUUUACUGUCCGCCUCAUCCGGUGCGGGUGCCAUGAGCAGACGGCCCUCCUCCCUAAGGAGCUCUCCUAGUAUGUACGACAGUCCUUUCUCCUUCCUCUUCCUCGCACUUUCUGGGGACAGUAGUGAUGAAGAUGGAGAAGAAGAUGAUGAUGAUGGUGAUGAUGAAGGUGGUGGUGGUGGUGAUGAGUUUUCUUGUGUCCAGUUUGGGUCCAGUUUUGGAGCCUCUGGUGGGGCAAGUACUUGGGAUUCCUACAGCGACCAUUUCACCAUUGAGACGUGCAAAGAGACAGAUAUGCUGAACUACCUCAUCGAGUGUUUUGACCGAGUUGGAAUAGAGGAAAAAAAAGCACCGAAGAUGUGCAGCCAGCCAGCAGUCAGCCAGCUUCUGAGCAACAUCCGCUCACAGUGCAUAUCCCAUACUGCAUUAGUACUACAAGGGUCCCUCACACAACCAAGGUCCCUGCAGCAGCCGUCCUUCCUGGUGCCGUACAUGCUGUGUAGGAAUCUCCCAUACGGCUUUAUUCAAGAACUGGUGAGAACCACUCACCAGGAUGAAGAAGUGUUCAAGCAGAUCUUUAUCCCCAUUUUACAAGGCCUGGCUCUCGCUGCCAAAGAGUGCUCCCUCGACAGCGACUACUUUAAAUACCCCCUCAUGGCUUUAGGUGAGCUCUGUGAAACCAAGUUUGGAAAGACACACCCUGUGUGCAAUUUGGUUGCUUCUUUGCCUUUGUGGUUGCCUAAAUCAUUAAGCCCUGGCUCUGGGCGGGAGCUGCAGAGACUCUCGUACUUGGGGGCUUUCUUUAGCUUCUCAGUCUUUGCAGAAGAUGAUGCAAAAGUGGUUGAAAAAUAUUUCUCAGGGCCUGCCAUUACCCUGGAAAACACUCGUGUGGUGAGCCAAUCACUGCAGCAUUACUUGGAGCUGGGAAGGCAAGAGCUUUUCAAGAUUCUGCAUAGUAUUUUGUUAAACGGAGAAACCCGGGAGGCUGCUCUUGGUUACAUGGCAGCUGUCGUCAAUGCCAAUAUGAAGAAAGCACAGAUGCAGACGGAUGAUAGAUUGGUAUCUACGGACGGAUUGAUGCUGAAUUUCCUUUGGGUGCUGCAGCAGCUAAGCACAAAGAUCAAGUUAGAGACGGUCGACCCCACGUACAUAUUCCACCCGAGGUGUCGGAUUACUCUUCCCAGCGAUGAGACGAGAGUGAAUGCAACGAUGGAGGACGUGAAUGACUGGCUGACUGAACUUUAUGGAGAUCAAUCUCCGUUUUCUGAGCCGAAAUUCCCUACGGAAUGCUUCUUCCUUACCCUGCACGCCCACCAUCUCUCAAUUCUGCCGGGUUGCCGACGCUACAUCCGCAGACUCCGGGCCAUACGGGAGCUCAACAGAACUGUGGAAGAUUUGAAAAACAAUGAAAGCCAAUGGAAAGACUCCCCACUGGCAGCUAGACACCGUGAAAUGCUGAAGCGCUGCAAAACUCAGCUUAAGAAACUGGUACGAUGCAAGGCCUGUGCUGAUGCUGGUUUACUUGACGAGAGCUUCCUGAGAAGAUGUCUGAAUUUUUACGGCCUUCUCAUUCAGCUGCUGCUCCGCAUCCUGGACCCUGCCUAUCCCGACAUCACGCUGCCUUUAAGUGCAGAUGUCCCCAAGGUAUUUGCAGCAUUGCCUGAGUUUUAUGUAGAAGAUGUUGCUGAAUUUUUAUUUUUUAUUGUACAAUACUCUCCUCAGGUGCUUUAUGAGCCCUGUACUCAGGAUAUUGUGAUGUUCCUCGUUGUGAUGUUGUGUAACCAGAACUACAUCCGAAAUCCAUAUCUGGUGGCCAAACUCGUAGAAGUCAUGUUUAUGACUAACCCUGCUGUUCAGCCACGGACCCAGAAGUUUUUUGAAAUGAUUGAGAACCAUCCUCUCUCCACCAAGCUGUUGGUCCCUUCCCUGAUGAAGUUUUAUACAGAUGUUGAGCAUACCGGAGCCACCAGCGAGUUCUAUGACAAGUUCACCAUUCGCUAUCAUAUUAGCACCAUUUUUAAAAGCCUUUGGCAAAAUAUAGCUCACCAUGGCACCUUUAUGGAGGAGUUCAAUUCCGGGAAGCAGUUUGUCCGCUAUAUAAACAUGCUGAUAAACGACACAACAUUUUUGCUCGAUGAAAGCCUGGAGUCUUUGAAGCGGAUCCACGAAGUGCAAGAAGAGAUGAAGAACAAAGAACAGUGGGACCAGCUGCCCCGGGAUCAGCAGCAGGCCCGCCAGUCCCAGCUCGCUCAGGAUGAGCGCGUUUCACGCUCGUAUCUUGCCCUGGCGACAGAAACCGUGGACAUGUUCCAUAUCCUCACCAAGCAGGUCCAGAAGCCAUUCCUCAGACCUGAACUCGGACCCCGAUUGGCUGCGAUGCUGAACUUUAAUCUUCAGCAACUCUGUGGUCCUAAGUGCCGUGACCUGAAAGUGGAAAACCCUGAGAAAUACGGCUUUGAACCAAAGAAGCUGUUGGACCAACUGACGGAUAUUUACUUGCAGCUGGACUGUGCCCGGUUCGCUAAAGCCAUUGCUGACGACCAGAGAUCCUACAGCAAAGAAUUGUUUGAAGAAGUUAUUUCGAAGAUGCGGAAGGCAGGGAUCAAAUCCACAAUAGCGAUAGAGAAGUUUAAACUUCUGGCUGAGAAGGUGGAGGAGAUCGUGGCCAGGAACGCGCGUGCAGAAAUCGACUACAGUGACGCCCCAGACGAGUUCAGAGACCCUCUGAUGGACACCCUGAUGACUGACCCCGUGCGGCUGCCCUCUGGCACCAUCAUGGACCGCUCCAUCAUCCUGCGGCACUUGCUGAACUCCCCCACGGACCCCUUCAACCGACAGACGCUGACAGAGAGCAUGCUGGAGCCAGUGCCAGAACUGAAAGAACAGAUUCAUGCCUGGAUGAGAGAGAAGCAGAACAAUGAUCAUUAAACCAUCCCCCUUGCCCACGCUCUGCGAGAAACAGCCGAGGCCGGCAGGAGCAGCAUCGGUGGUGCAAAUGCUGUUCACACGUUGGAGGCCAGAAGUGGCAAAACACACCAAGAGCCUACCCAGAGUGACCAAACAGCGGAGACCGGAAAGGACAUGAGUAAGAAGAGGAGCCCAAUUCCUGUACAUAUAUUUAAGUGACAGACGUGGUCAAAAGCUUGAGGGAUACGUUUUAUGAUUGCUUGUGUAAUAGAGCACGUCCUUCAUAUGUCACAAUUUGGGGCUUUUGCUACGGAAGUCUUUUAGUGAUUGAUGACGAAUGGGUCUGGGCAGCAUCCCCUUCAUCCCUUUUUUUUUUUUUUUUUUUUUUUCCUAAAUCCAGUAUCCGUUGGUUUUGAUUGUGAUUAGAGAACCUUGGACAUUUUGCUGCUAAGACUCUUCCCCCCGCCGGCCCCAUCCUGAUCCUACUUGCACUGCUGUGGAUUUUUUUUAAGAGAAGCAAAAACAAAAAUAAACUCUUUUCCCUGGCCCUCCAAACAUUUAUUCUGUGAGAUAACUGUGCCUGCAACAAAGUGUUAAUCCUGGGAUCGUAUUUUUAUAUCAUAUUCACAUAUUUGUUUUUUUAAUUGGUGUUAGAUGACAUGAUUAAUAAAAAAGGCAAGAUAUUUUCAGAAUUUGAAUUUCAGUUUUUUUUUUUUUAUUAUUUUGAAAUGUCCCUUAAAAUUUUUUUUUAUUCUAAACAAAAUGAAGAGAAUCCUGUUGCUCUGGUCCUUGUAGUGAGUCCACGAUUAGGAAUCUGAGGAACAGCUGCAGCAAAGGAAGCAUUUAAGUGUAUCAGGAUUUCGCGUCUUACGGUUUGGGGGGGGUUGGGUUAUUUUUAAUGCUAUGUGACAGUUGGAAACCUUUAUAGUUAUCCUGCGAGGGUAAAUAAAUUCCUCAACCCUUGAGUCUGUGAGUUCAAGGCAGGGGUCGUUUGUAUGAUGUGUCCUGUGGGGCUUGGCCUUACCAAAGCAAAAAAGGGGUGCAAGAAAUGUGGAAGUACAUCUGCUUGUAAAAACACACACAAAGAAAAACAUACACACACACACACACACACGCACACACACGCACACACACACACACACACACACACACACACACACAAGAUUUUUUGUAUUACUGCUCCCUACUUAACCAUACUCGGAUUCUUGAAUCUCCUUUGGGGUAAAAAAGAAUUUGAAACCAUAAAGUGUUUUGAAGAAAUUAAGUCUACAAAAACAUACUUUCUUUUUCUUUUCCUUUCUUUCCCGCUCCACAGACAAAUGUCCUCUGUUCAGUUCCUAACGCAAACUACAAUAAAUGGUGAUACACAUUCAGAAGGAA